UGCUCAAGAUUGCGAAAUACUGCCCCUUUUUUCCUCUUUUUGUAUCACCACUCUAGUUGUACGUUACCAUCCAAAUUAUCUGUAGUGAUCUCUACAAAAACAUCGAAAUCUAAGAGAGAGCUCCUGCAUUUGUCUCCUCGGUUCAAAUAAGCAGACGAAUACAACCAAUGUAGUAAGGCGUCCUAAAUCAGGGAGCUGACUGAGAUCAUAGAGGGGUCCUUACUCUAUGCUGAGACAUGGAAUCUUUGAGGCCUUUGCAAACCCUGGCUGACCUGCAGGAUGCAUUGAGUGCAGCAAGAACAGACUACAACCACUCAUCAGCCAAGGUGGUGACCAACAAGAAACACAUCAGAACUUCAAAGAAAAUGGCGUUCAAGUCGUCAUUUAUUGCAAAGUCAAAUCGUACAGAAAGAUCUGAACCAGUGGACACCAAGAAGCAAUUGGAAGUUGACCAAGCUGUGGCAGCAUCUGAUGACAGAGAGAGUGAAGAACGUCAUGUCCAGAUAUUUGUUUCUAAUCCAGUUAAGGAGAGUCUCUGUCUGCAACUUCAUCCAUCCACCACCAUCUCUGACUUGAAAGAAAUAAUACAGGAAAGACUAAACAUCCAAGCAAAGAAUCAGCAUCUUGUCACUAAGAGGGGCAUUGAGCUUUGUGACACACAGUCUCUGAUGGGGCUUGGCAUUCAGCAAGAUACCAACCUAGAGUUACGUCAAGUCGCUGGGUUGAUGGGCGGAACAAGAAAGCGAAAAUCUAGAAGUGGGAAGGGAAAAAAAAUCAACCAAGACACAAGCUGAGCAAGAGAAAAAGACUUCGUCAGAGUCAAAACAAGAAAAUGUCACUGAGUCUAUGGAGACUUUCUGUACUCUUGCUAGCAUCCUUGGUACUUCUUCUAGUGCAGUCCAGACCCAGAGAACUUCUCCUAGAACAGGGGCUAUUCCUAAGAACCCAAGGGGAACGAAAGAACAAAUGAAGCAUCAAGAUCAAGGAAAACCCUUAACUCAACAGUCGAGUGCCUCUACUGAGAAACAAGAUUGCUUAGUCCAGUCCCAGAGAACUUCUUCUAUAACAGGGGCCAUUCCUAAGAACACAAUGGGAAGGAAAGCACAAACGAAGCCUAAAUCUCAAACACAAGCAAAAACUCAACUUGGUGCCUCUGUCCAUUUGUCGGAGGAACCUAAACCUCAUCAUAGUGCCUCGGUCCAUUUGCCAGAGGAACCUAAACCUCAUCAGAGUUCCUUGGUCCAUUUACCUGAGGAACCUAAACCUCAUCAGAGUGCCUCGGUCCAUUUACCUGAGGAACCUAAACCUCAUCAGAGUGCCUCGGUCCAUUUGUCGGAGGAACCUAAUUCUCAUCAGAGUGCCUCGGACCAUUUGCCAGAGGAACCUAAACCUCAUCAGAGUGCCCCGGUCCAUUUGCCGGAGGAACCUAAUUCUCAUCAGAGUGCCUCGGACCAUUUGCCAGAGGAACCUAAACCUCAUCAGAGUGCCUCGGACCAUUUGCCAGAGGAACCUAAACCUCAUCAGAGUGCCUCGGACCAUUUACCUGAGGAACCUAAUUCUCAUCAGAGUGCCUCGGUCCAAUUGCCAGAGGAACCUAAACCUCAUCAG